AUGAAUCGAUUACGAUCACAUAAAUUCAAAUUGAACAGUGCCCCCGAUGUGCCGGAGGCCAACAACAACAACAGCAACAAUGGUAGCGGCAAUGGCUUACUCAACAAUAGCCUCAUCAAUAAAAUCAGCAAACGUUACUCGACGCUCAGCAAUAAAAUUUCACGGCGUGCCCAGGCUGGCCGACGUACAACCUCACCACAAAAAGUCAUAUCGGGUAGUUAUGAUAUGACCGGAUCAUUAUCCGAAGAUCAUCGUUUAGAAAUUGGCGCACCCGUUUUGAUAUCCUCCACCACUCUAGAUGCUGAACGCUUUGAUGUCAGUGAGGAGCGUUUGAAGAUGAUUGGCGGCGGUAUUGCAGCCACCACCAAUUGUAGCAAAAUUAAGACCAUUGAUUUACCCAUAAAUACCAACAUCAAGGCUCUGCAGGAAUUGGAACAAAACAAAGCGGUACAUUCUUCGUCGGGUAGUGAAACAGAAAUAUUCGUUGAUGCCCUUAGCAGUACCCCAGUGGUUGUUGUGGUCACCGAUGGAGAGACGGAGGAACAACAGCAGCAGCAGGAUAAGGAUGAAUAUGAAAUGGCAUUUGAAACACCACAAAAAAUUGUAAAACGUGAAGAAUUGGAAUCUGCCUCACCGUGUUCGGAUAAAUCUUCGGAUAGUGAUAUGACACCGGUCAAUCAAAUGUCAAAUUAUUAUGAAACGACAAGGACCGCAAAUCAUCAACGACCCAAAUCGAUAUUAGCCCAGAAGGCCCAUUCACAAUCGGCUCAGAAUUUACAUCGUUCCGAAAUUAAGGUAUACCUGCAAAAGGCUCCCUCCAUGAAUCUCAUGGAAGAAGAUGAUGCGGUGAUUCCCUCCGAUAUGGAUGAGGAUAUUGAAAAUAUGGCUUUACCAAAAUUACCCGAGCUAUAUGGCCGGAGUAAAUGUGAUUUAGCUGCCACAACAACAGACAACGAAUUAACGAACGAAGAUGAGGACGAUGCCAUGCAGGAGGAAGACAACGAUGCCGACAAAGAGAAUUCCUCACCCUCAGUGGUUGCAGCCGGUGGUGGGGUUUUGAAAAGUAAAAGUGAACCAAAUACCCCCUUCUUUUUGGAACCAAAACGUAGCAGUUUUCUGAGUCAGAAAAAGCUAUUCCAAAGUGCCGAAAAUAUACACCAAAGACGCACGAAACGACGUAGUGUGGUCUUCAGCAGUAGUACCUCAAUAAAUCAACGAAAUGCAGCAGCCAAUGGCAUCGGAUCCAAGAAUAGUUUGUGCAGCCAAGGUUCACUGAAUUUUGAUGAUUAUGAUUUAAAAUCGGUUAGCUGUCAAUCUCUGAAUCCCCAAUCGCUGUUCGUUUCCAUCGACGAGCUCAAUGAAAUUACCCGACAAAUCAAUGAAUCCGAAGAUUUCAAUCAAGACAUCGAUUUGGAAUAUUGUAUGCAUCGCGAUCAGCUGAAGCCAAGUGAGAGGCGUAUCACCCUGCUGAAAAAUAAAAAUGCCCGCCUUAUAAAUUUCACACACAAUAAACAGAAAAUCAAGAAAGGUUGGUCGGGCGUUAAACAUUGGAUCGGUGAAGAGGGGCAUAAAAUACGAGAGGUGGUUCAGCGUCAACCAUUGGUACAACGGAUGGGUUCGUCGAAGUUGAAUCUUAGCAAUGCUGAAUGUAGAAAUUCUCCCUCGUUGAAUGGUAGCACCGUGUUAAGGCAGGCAGCCAGUCGAGCAGCUUCGCAGGAUAAAAGUUUAGAUGAAAGUGGCCGAGAUUCGAAAAUGACCUCGUCAAUGCAUUUAUACGAUAGUCAGUGUUUGAGUAGUGACAACAUUGCUGCGGAUAGUAGCAAUGAACUGAAUGAUUCACAGGAGGCUGAACAAUCGCCACCGAAUAAUAAGAAGGCAGGACAAGAGGGCCAAAAUGGCUUCGAAGAAUUGCGUCGUUAUGUUAAACAAGGCGGAGAUUUUGGCAAAGAACUUAUUGUUAUACUACAGGAAAGAAUUGAUUCGGAACUUUUAUACUCCAAAUCCUUAUCGAAAAUGGCCAAUAAAUUGAAUAAGGCAUGUCGUGAAUUACCCGGAACCAUAGCAGAUGCUUGGCGUGGUGUGGCCACAGAAAUGGAGACACGCAGUGAUAUACACAGACAACUGUCGGCCUCCUUGGCUGAAGAGGUGGUCAAACCGUUGAAAUCCAUUGUUGAAGGACAUCACAAGACCAGGAAAUCGGUCGAAAGCAAUGUCGAUAAGGCCGCUCGUGUCCUGGCCGAAUGGCGUGCCAGCGAGGCUAAAGGCAAAAAAGCCUCUCACACCGCUGCCCGGGAAAAUGAAAAACUACAAGAUGCCAUGUUGGAUGUACGAAUACAGAAAUCACCCUCCAUAGCUUUGCUGCAUCAGAGCUCCAAUAAACAAGCCGCAGAGAAAGAAAUCAAAUUGGCCGAAAAGGAUUGUGCCAAACUUGACAGCAAACGCAAAAAAGCCGAAGAAGCUGUCAAAAAAGCCGAUGUUGAAUAUUACACACUGUGCAUUCGUGCCGAACGAGCACGGGUCGAUUGGGAAAUGGCCGUGUUGCGUGGCUCCUCCCUUCUACAGAAUAUUGAAAAUCAACGCUUGAUUAAUAUGAAGAACUUCGUCUCGAACUAUGCUGCCCUGACGGCCAAUAUGAAUCCCAUAAUGGAAAGUUUAAUGCAACGUCUACAGCCCCAGGUGGAUAAUUGUAAUGUCGUGAAGGAUAUGCAGAUAAUUAAAAAUAUUCGUCGUAAUGCCGAGGGACCAAGUGAACAAUUGCUGCCCGAUUUCUAUUGUGAACACACGACCUUGGCCAUGAAUCGUGAGAGACGUAAACAUGCCUUGAUUAAACUUUUGCAAUUGGUUAAGACCGAUCUGGAAAGGGAACGUCGUUCACGUAAUGGCUUGAAAGGUCUUUCACAGUCGUUGAAUAGUCAGGAACAUCAAAAUAUUACCGACAAGUUGUAUCAUAUCCGUUCAAUGCUUACUUAUUUGGAGGGUGCCCGCUUUAAGCUACAUUCAGCUUUGCUGGAAUUGGAUCAUAAACCCAGAUCAUCACAUCCAUUGGCCCAACAUAUACAGAUAACCCGUGAUCGCACUGGCCUUCAGCAGAGUAUACUCAAAGUUCCACUGUGGCUAAAGAAUAACGACAAAAUCACCAAUAAUGCAGGCAGUGAUGAUCCCAACACUGAUUACGAUAGCAUUUCCCAGAGUAAUACAACAACAUCAACAACAAAUAUCAGCUGUGUAGAUGGGGGUGGUGUCAAUGGUUCCACCGAUGGUAGUUUUGCUAUGAAAAAUUUCAAUCGCAGCAAAAGUAACAUUGAGACCUUCUCAAAUAAGACGAACAUUUGUGUGACCAAUAAUGCGGCGGAACCUGGUGUCGUAAAUGGUAAAAAUAAAACGUUGUCCGGUACAACGGCUAAUCUAUAUGAUGAUGCCUGUAGUGAUGAUCGCGGUCAGGCAGAUGGUGGUUCCAAUCAACAAGAUUCCGAUUUUGAUGAAUUCAGUUCCCAGGAUGAAGAUGAGGAGGGACACUUGACCUCGUCGACAACAGUGGGUGUGGGAGGACGUAAGGAACACAAGGCGAAUAUUGAAAAAUCUCUACAAAAUGCCGAGAAUUAUUAUCAAAAUUCCAUGGAAAUUAAACAGGAACAGCAGCAAAAUUUGUAUAAUGAUGCCAACACAACAACAACAAAUGAAUCUUCAGCAACACCACAUGUAGUCUUAGGUAGAUGUAAGGCCCUUUAUAAUUAUACACCAAAAUUAUACGAUGAACUGGAAUUGAUUCCUGGCGAUAUCAUUGAAGUUCAUGCCAAACAGGAUGAUGGCUGGUGGUUGGGUGCCCUGCGCAAUCAAGUGGGUAUAUUCCCGGCAACAUAUGUGGAAGAGAUUGCCUGA